UUAGAUAUUGAACGUCACCCGAACUUACAAUAGCAACUUGGAAUAGGAUGGGAGAAUAUGCUUAAGAAGGUGAAAACUGAUUGGUAAUCCUAGGAAUCACUCCUAGGAAUCUUUAGGCCUCACACCUAAAGUUGGGAUGUAUCACACAGUCCUAAGGAAGACGUUAAGUCUGCAGGAAAAUUUUAUUAAUGACCAAAAACUGACUUCUCUUUGUGGAGAAGUGGUUAUUUAUAGACCUUAGAACAAAGCUCAUUCCAAUCCUAAUUAGGACUCCUAACUAGAAUAGAAUUCUAGUGGAAAGCUAGAAAGCUAAGCUUUCUUAUUCCCUAUAACAACUAAAAUACUAAUUACCAAAAAUAACUACUAAACAGAAAAUUACCAUAAACAUAAAAUUCCUGCAGCUAAUUCAAAUUACUAAAAUACCCCUGCCGGCGAAAAUCAGAAAAUAAACUCCAUAGAAUUCAAACCAACUCCCAAGUUGGUUCCUUGUCAUCAAAAGCAUGCCAAAUCAAUGCUUGGGCAUUCGACACAUCCUUCCCAUGUCUCCUAUAAACCUUAGUGGAUUUUUGCCACCUAUCUCUAUCAUUAAGCUUUUCUUUUAUUCAGUCUACAGGAAGAGCUACAUGCUCCUAAUUACACAGAACAAAACGAGGGAUGGUUGCCCUGAUAACAUCCUCCCCGAUUAGCUGCCUGAUGGCUUCAGGUGGUUCUUUUAAGAUCCUCAAUCCCAGAUCUGCAUCAAUGCUGUGUUUGGCUAGGAAGUCUGCCCAUUGUUUCCCUCUCCCCAAAUGUGUUCUAGCUGGCAGAUCCAACCUUUCCUGCAACAUUCUUGAAUCUGCAUAACCAGAUUGUAAUGAGGAGACUCCUGAGCAGCUUCUUGUAUUAAGUUCAAGCCCACAUUAGAGUCAGUUUCUAGCUUUGACUUUUUAGAACUCGGAAUUCCAAGCAAACUAUAGUCCACAUAAGAUGGCUUCCACAGAUCGGCUCCAUUAUUUGAUGCCCUGCCCUAACUAAGCUUUUCCUUUCACUUUUUCAAAAUCAAAUAGCAGUACACAUACUAGUACAAGUAACUAUGAUAGUUGAUAUGUAUACUUCCAUCUUUUUUCCUUGCUUCUAAUUUGUAAUUGAACGAUCUGAAGAACUAUACAAUCUAAUAUAACCCGAGAAAUACCUCUGAUCAAGUUUUACAUGAAAACCGGAUAUUAUGCAGAACCAUGGCAUCAAUGGUUACAUGAAUUAGACUUGUUUAAUCACUGAUAAGCAAGAAUUCAUUUGCCUUGUAAGGCAAUUUCACCAGCAGUAGCGUAUACUGCAUAUAAACGUACAUAUAGUCAUUAGUCAUGAAUCACCAAGUCGUAAUUAUGUCUUUAUCUACUACAGUGGAUGUCUGCGGCUCAGUUCUUAGGUUCUGUUGGAAAAGUAAGAUGUAUGAUUAAAUCAACUUUGGACUUGGUUCUGUGUUUAUGUAAUCUCAUCAUCCAUACAUGACCAACAUAGCUGCUGAAGCAUAGAAGCAAAGAAGACUGAAUUUUGUAUUAGAAUAUGCUGAUACCUGUAAAAGAUCAUUUCACCUCUAAGCCAAGAACAUUCCAGCAUCAUUUUAUUGAUUAGCAUGGAGCUUUUAGUUUUCAUUUCUGUUUUCAUCUUAUUCUGUUUGACGAUAGUUAAAAUUGCAAGGAAAUCUAGGCCUGUGAAGCUGCCACCGGGGCCAAGACAACUACCGAUAAUUGGCAACAUGCAUCAGCUUAUUGGCUCCCUUCCUCACAGGAUCCUUUCAGACUUGGCCAAGAAAUAUGGACAUUUGAUGCACCUGCAGCUUGGUGAAAUGUCAACUGUAGUUGUCUUUUCUGCAGAGGCUGCGCAGAAAUAAUGAAUGACAACGACCUUAUAUUUGCAUAUAGUCCUAAUCUUGUUUCAGCAAAUGUAUUGUUUUUUAAUUCUACAGAUAUUGCCUUUUCCCCAUAUGGAGAUUAUUGGAGACAACUGCGAAAGAUUUGUACAUUGGAGCUUCUAAGUUCAAGGCAGAUCCAAACGUUCCGAUCAAUUAGGGAAGAGGAGGCCUCAAAUAUGAUUAGAUCAAUCCCUUCACAAGAGGGUUUGGCUGUCAAUCUCAGCACCAUGAUCUCAUCGCUAGCAUUUAGCAUCGUUGCUCAGGCUGCUUAUGGUAAAAGAAGCAAAUAUCACAAUGAGUUCAUGUCAGCAAUAAAGGAUGUGACGAAGUUUAUGGGAGGUUUCAGCAUAGUAGACAUGUAUCCCUCUAUCAAAAUACUUGAAAAGAUCACUGGAAUGAGGCAUAAGCUACAGAGGACUCACAAGAUAGCUGAUAAAGCACUUGAAAACGUUCUCAAUGAGCACAGAGUCAAGAGAGCGGAAUCAAAACCCGGUAAUGGAGAAGCAAAGGAGGAUCUGGUUGGUGUUCUUCUAAGGAUUCAACAAUCUGGGGAAUUUAGUGCUCCACUUACUGAUAAUAACAUCAAAGCAGUCAUCUUUGACGUUUUCAGUGGAGGGAGCGAGUCAUCAGCAACAACUUUGAUGUGGUCAGUUGCUGAAAUGAUUAACAAUCCAGAAAUACUUAAAAGAGCGCAAGAUGAGGUUCGAGAAAUCUAUGCAGACAGAGGAAACGUUGAUGAAUCUUGAAUUCAUAAAUUGAAAUACUUGCAAGCAGUCAUCAAAGAAGUUUUUCAAUUGCACCCUGCAGCUCCACUAUUAGUUCCAAGGGAAUGUAGCGAAAAAUGUGAAAUAUAUGGAUAUGAAAUACCUGUGAAAACAAGAGUCAUUAUUAAUGCCUGGGCAAUUAUGCGAGAUCCCAAGCGCUGGAUUGAACCUGAGAAAUUGUACCCAGAGCGAUUUCUUGACUCUGAAAUUGAUUUCAGGGGACAGAAUUUUAGUUACAUCCCAUUUGGUGCAGGAAGAAGGAUAUGUCCUGGCAUCUCAUUUGCUCUGACCAGCAUCCAGGUACCUCUUGCAUAACUGUUGUACCACUUUGAUUGGAAACUUCCUGCUGGAUUUGAGCAAGAACAACUAGACAUGACUGAGACCUUUGGCUUGGCAGUCCGCCCAAAACAGGAUCUGGUUUUGAUUCCCAUGCCUUACUUCCGCCCUCCUUCUAUCUGGUUAUCGAGCACGAUUACUAAAGGCUCUGAACUCAACUACUCUCACCAGUCUAUAAAUGUAUGCUCUAAUGUAAGCUUUCUGAUUUGUGAAUUUGUUCUCCAAUAAAGAGACCUGCAAAAUGGUUUUGUACUAUAUAAACGCGAUUACAUAACUCUUGUUUCCUGCUACAUUUCAAUCCAUUUCGGAAGCAGCUGUCUUAAAUAU